AUGGCAAGCCCGACCUCAAUAAAUGUCAACGAUCCCAACUUGAUCUCGCUGGUUAAUAAGCUCCAGGAUGUCUUCGCGACAGUCGGAGUUCACAACCCCAUCGACUUGCCUCAGAUUGCUGUCGUCGGUUCACAGUCCAGUGGUAAGAGUUCGGUGUUAGAGAAUAUUGUCGGACGGGAUUUCCUCCCCCGUGGGUCCGGAAUUGUCACUCGGAGACCCCUCAUUCUUCAGCUUAUCAACAAACCUGCAACUCAAUCGAAUGGCGUGAAGGAGGAGAAAUUGGAUACGACGGAUAGCGCCGCCAAUCUGGAUGAGUAUGGAGAGUUCCUGCACAUUCCCGGCCAGAAGUUCUACGAUUUCAACAAGAUUCGCGAGGAAAUUGUGCGCGAAACGGAGUCGAAGGUCGGUCGCAAUGCCGGUAUCUCCCCUGCGCCUAUCAAUCUCCGCAUCUACUCGCCCAACGUCCUGACUCUCACACUGGUCGACUUGCCCGGUUUGACUAAGGUCCCCGUCGGUGACCAGCCCAAGGACAUUGAAAAGCAAAUCAGGGAUAUGGUUCUGAAGUACAUCAGCAAACCGAACGCGAUCAUCCUUGCGGUCACCGCGGCCAACCAAGAUCUUGCCAACUCCGAUGGUUUGAAGCUGGCACGGGAAGUCGACCCGGAGGGUCAGCGUACAAUUGGUGUCUUGACCAAGGUCGACCUGAUGGACGAGGGAACCGACGUCGUGGAUAUUCUUGCGGGCAGGAUUAUCCCGUUGCGCCUGGGUUAUGUGCCUGUGGUCAACCGUGGCCAACGUGAUAUUGAGAACAAGAGACCCAUCUCGUACGCUCUGGAGCAUGAGAAGAACUUCUUCGAGAGCCACAAGGCCUAUCGGAACAAGUCUUCGUACUGCGGCACGCCGUAUCUGGCACGGAAGCUGAACUUGAUCCUCAUGAUGCACAUCAAACAAACCCUGCCCGAUAUCAAAGCGCGGAUUUCGUCCUCCCUUCAGAAGUACUCCGCCGAACUUUCGCAGCUGGGAGACUCGAUGCUCGGUAAUAGCGCUAACAUCAUCCUGAACAUCAUCACAGAGUUCAGCAAUGAGUAUCGCACGGUGCUGGAGGGUAACAACCAGGAGCUGUCCAGCAUUGAGUUGUCGGGCGGUGCUCGUAUCAGCUUCGUGUUCCACGAACUUUACUCGAACGGUAUCAAGGCGGUGGAUCCUUUCGACCAGGUGAAGGAUAUUGAUAUCCGGACGAUCCUCUACAACUCUUCCGGCUCAUCGCCUGCGCUUUUCGUUGGAACCACCGCCUUUGAGUUGAUCGUCAAGCAGCAAAUCAAGAGGCUCGAGGACCCCAGCACAAAGUGUAUCUCCUUGGUCUACGACGAACUGGUCCGCAUCCUGGGACAGCUCCUGAACAAGCAGUUGUUCCGCAGGUAUCCCAUGCUGAAGGAGAAAUUCCAUGCCGUGGUCAUCAGCUUCUUCAAGAAGUGCAUGGAGCCGACCAACAAGAUUGUUCACGACCUGAUCAACAUGGAGGCGUGCUACAUCAACACCGGUCACCCUGAUUUCCUGAACGGACACCGCGCCAUGACUAUUCCUCUUCCUCCCCGGGCGAACAGUCCGUCGGUCGAUCUCGGCAAUACGGAAAGCAGCGGUGGCUCUGGCUUCUUCGGCAGCUUCUGGGCUUCGAAGAACAAGAAGAAGAUGGCGGCCAUGGAGCCCCCACCGCCAACCCUCAAGGCGUCGGCCUCCUUGUCCGAGCGCGAGAGCACCGAAGUUGAAGUUAUCAAACUUCUUAUCACGUCUUACUUUAACAUCGUGAAGCGGACCAUGAUCGACAUGGUCCCGAAGGCCAUUAUGUACAUGCUUGUCCAAUUCACCAAGGAUGAGAUGCAGCGCGAACUCCUCGAGAACAUGUACCGCAACAGCGAACUGGACGAGCUCCUCAAGGAAAGCGACUACACGGUGCGGAGGCGCAAGGAGUGCCAACAGAUGGUGGAGAGUCUGUCCCGCGCCAGCGAGAUUGUCAGCCAAGUCCAGUAA